AUGGAUGGUGAGGAGGAUACCGAAGAAAAUGAAUAUGGCAAUGGCAACGAGCGCAGAAUGUUAAUCUGGCUUCGAGAAGAAGUAGCAGAUCUGUUGAAGAAGACUUCAGGAAGUGGAGCAUCGCAAGUCUGGUCACUGCUUUGUGUUAGCAAAACUGAAGAAAACUUCGUAUUGCUGUCGACUUUACCACAAUCACAUUUACCGAUUUUCGGAGGUGCCCUUGUAGCACAGAGCCCGCUCUCACCAGCUGAGGAAGUCGCUUUUGAAAUGAAGACAUCGGUAUCUGUUAGGCAGAAAGAGAGCACAAGCCGUCGCUGAUUCACCAAAGUCCUUCGAUGCCCCCCACGAUACUCAAAGC